AUGAAUACUGCCAAAAUACAGUUCUUUCCAUCCCAUAGUUGUUUAGCCUCAGCAAAGUUACCCAUUGGACCACAAACUUGGAUUGAUGUUGAGUCCAUUAAGAGUGCAACCUUCUUUAGUUCAUUAGGUUCAUAUAAUAAUGAUUAUAAUUUUAAAUAUUCAAUCGAAUCCGAUCAAUGCGAACCAUUCUUGAGAGAUUUUAAUCAUCAUAUAUAUUGGUGUGCAUCUACAUCAAUUUCAUUUUAA